CCUACCUUUCCUUCCUUCCCAUCACUUCAGUUCCCUCCGCCUAUCCUCUGUGCUGUCAAAAACCCCAGCCGCCGUAUCCUAAAAUCCUUGUUCCUCUGCGGCAGCCAGCCACAGCCACAGCCACAGCCACAGCCACAGCCAGAGCCAGGUAGGUAAGUCAUGGUGAAGCACAAUAAUGUUGUGCCUAAUGGGCACUUCAGGAAGCACUGGCAGAACUAUGUCAAGACCUGGUUCAACCAGCCUGCUCGUAAAGUCAGGAGACGCCUGGCUAGGCAAAAGAAGGCUGUGAAGAUUUUCCCUAGGCCUACUGAAGGACCGCUUAGGCCGGUUGUUCACGGUCAGACCCUUAAGUACAACAUGAAAGUCAGGGCUGGAAGGGGUUUCUCUCUUGAGGAGCUCAAGGCUGCUGGUAUUCCCAAGAAACUAGCUCCAACUAUCGGAAUUGCAGUGGACCAUCGCCGCAAGAACAGAUCUUUGGAGAGUCUCCAGACCAAUGUGCAGAGGCUGAAGACCUACAAGGCCAAGUUGGUUGUCUUCCCGAGACGACCAAGGAAAUUCAAGGCUGGUGAUUCUACUGCCGAGGAACUUGCUAGCGCCACUCAGGUGCAAGGCUCUUUCAUGCCUAUUGUCAGGGAGAAGCCUGCCGUUGAGCUCGUCAAGGUCACAGAUGAGAUGAAGUCAUUCAAUGCCUAUGCCAAGCUUCGUGUGGAGCGGACAAACAAGCGACACUAUGGUGCCAGGUUGAAGAAGGCGGCCGAGGCUGAGAAGGAGGACAAGAAGUGAAAACCCCGGGGAGAGGUUUAGUCCAUCAGUUUCCUAUUAUGAGUACUGUGUCGGUUUUGGUUAGGAAGUUUCUUAACGGGUGUUAUGCGAAUGGUACAUUUGAUAUGGCUGUGUUUUUUGGUUUUGUUAGUGAAUGGAUGUCUCAGUAAUGAAUGUGCAUCGCAACCUGCAUAA